CCAAGCGAGAGUGGAAACCAUUGGAAGAUCACAGCUGCACAGAUGUGCCAUGGCUACUCCUAUUUAUCAUAUUCUGCAUAGGAAUGGGUUUUAUUUGUGGCUAUUCAAUAGCUACAGGAGCAGCUGCAAGACUGCUGUCAGGAUAUGACAGUUAUGGAAAUAUCUGUGGACAGAAAAAUGCCAAGGUAGAGGGAAUAGUCAACAGUGGUUUGGACCUCACACAUAAGAAGUAUGUGUUCUUUCUGGAUCCAUGCAAUGUUGAUUUAGUACAUCAGAAGAUCAAAUCUCUUGCUUUGUGUGUGUCAGCCUGCCCAAGGAAAGAGCUGAAAACUUUGGCCGAUGUUCAGAAGUUUGCCGAAACUAAUGGAUCCACUCUCUGCAGCUAUGAACUACAGCCUUCUGAAUACACUACAGACCCAAGGGCUGCCAAGCUAUGUCCUAAGUACCCCGUUCCAGAGAGUGCACCUAUUCCAUUCUUCCAUCGCUGUGCUCCUGUGAACAUUUCCUGCUAUGCCAAGUUUGCAGAGGCCCUGAUCACCUUUGUCAGUGACAGUAGUGUCUUACACAGGCUGAUUAGUGGAGUUAUGACCAGCAAAGAGAUUAUAAUGGGACUUUGCUUGUUAUCACUAGUGCUGUCCAUGAUUUUGAUGGUUAUAAUCAGGUACAUUUCAAGAGUACUUGUCUGGAUUUUAACAAUUCUAGUCAUUCUGGGAUCACUUGGUGGUACAGGAGUCCUGUGGUGGCUUUAUGCCAAGCAACGAGCAUCUGCCAGUGCUGUUGAGACUCAAAUAGCCAAAGACAAUCUUCAGGCUCUUCUGAUCUAUGCCAUUUCAGCAACAGUCUUCACGGUGAUCUUGUUCUUGAUAAUGUUAAUUAUGCGCAAACGAGUAGCUCUCACCAUUGCCUUGUUCCAUGUGGCCGGCAAGGUCUUCAUUCACCUGCCACUACUAGUCUUCCAGCCCUUUUGGACAUUCUUUGCGCUUAUCAUCUUCUGGGCAUACUGGAUCACUGUCCUGCUUUUCCUUGGUACUACAGGCAAUCCAGUCCCAAAUGAAGAAGGAUUCGUUGAAUUUCGGAUGGUAGGCCCUUUGAAGUACAUGUGGUGGUACCAUAUGGUGGGGCUGAUCUGGAUCAGUGAGUUUAUCCUUGCCUGUCAGCAGAUGACCGUAGCAGGGGCUGUUGUGACAUACUAUUUUACAAGGGAGAAAAGGAAUCUGCCAUUUACACCUAUUCUGGCAUCUGUUAAUCGCCUUAUUUGUUACCACUUAGGAACAGUGGCAAAGGGAUCUUUCAUUAUCACACUAGUGAAGAUACCACGAAUGAUUCUUAUGUAUAUUCACACACAACUCAAAGGAAAAGAAAAUGCCUGUGCUCGCUGUAUGCUGAAAGCCUGCAUUUGCUGCCUUUGGUGUCUAGAAAAGUGCCUGACCUACUUAAAUCAGAACGCAUAUACAGCCACAGCUAUCAACAGCACCAACUUCUGCACCUCAGCAAAGGAUGCCUUUGUUAUUCUGGUGGAGAAUGCAUUGCGGGUGGCUGCCAUAAACACGGUGGGGGAUUUCAUGCUUUUCCUAGGAAAGGUCUUGAUUGUCUGUAGUACAGGUUUGGCAGGGAUUAUGUUGCUGAACUAUCAACGAGAUUACACCAUCUGGGUGCUACCACUCAUCAUUGUCUGCCUGUUUGCUUUCCUGGUUGCCCACUGCUUCCUUUCCAUUUACGAAAUGGUCGUUGAUGUCCUCUUCUUGUGUUUCGCUAUUGACACAAAAUACAAUGAUGGAAGCCCUGGAAAGGAAUUCUACAUGGAUAAAGUUCUCAUGGAGUUUGUGGAGAAUAGUAGAAAAUCUAUGAAAGAAGCCGGUCGGGGAGGUGGAGCUGAGGGCAGAGAGCUAAAACCAAUGGUAGGUGCAGAUGAGGAGGUGGCGAUCCUCCAAGAGUUUCACUUUUACUUCCUCUCCCUCUUUGUCUUUACUGACUGCACUUCUUCAGGAGAAGUUUUUGUUCUCUGUAUCACUCAAGAUGUUCUGCUUUUUCUGUUUGUGAGCUUGCCUAUCACCUGGAUGGCAGAGUUUUUGUCACAGCUGAGACCAUCUCCUGUAAAAGUAAGAUGAAAGGAACUGUGUCAUAUGAAACAAGCAGUAUCAUUUCAUUAGGAUUAGUAGUGCAUGCUAGGUGUUAUACACAGACAGCCCCCACUACUGAGCACUCUCAAAAUAAGAUGACUCUGGAAUUCAUUAGACUUUAAUCCUCUUUACUGAGCCGAACUAAACAAUUCUUGCUCAUCCUGCAUUCAGUACAUGAGCCUGAAGAACACUACUGAGCACAUCCAUUGUUGCAAAGUAGAACCAGUCAUUCAGGUUCUGACCAGAUCAUUUUAUACAGUGCCGGGGGUUGGAUACGGUGAUUCCUUUCAACCUGCUUAAUUGACAUUUCUCCCAGUUGUUUGUUUUUUAUUGCCAACUACUUACGUUGCUUGUCUCUUGUGUGCUCUUUCCAUCUCACACUGUCAGAUACAGAGACAGUGAACAACGCAUCAUUUAUGCUUCUGCAGCCUGUUUUACUUAUGGUUUGCCUGUUAGGAAGGCGUUGCAUGUCUGAGUAGCCUGGAAUAAGGAGCAGCUGUAAAUGGUACAGAUAAUACAGUUAUCAGUAUAGGAGAAUGAGUUUGGAAGGUGGAGAAAUGAGAGCAUAUGAUGAGAAGCCAGGCUGGGCAAGGUAUGAUUUGUCACUGUGCAAUAUGACUUUGUAAAAAAAAAAAAAUAGUAUUCUGCCAUGAGUUUCUCAG